UUGCCAAAGAUGGUAGUCUGAAAAACAACAAAACAGCGAAACCUAGCGUGCAGAGUUGUGGGAGAGCAGUUGGCAGCCGAAGCACCAUCUAUUGCUUGUUGCCUUUAAAAUGUCUUGUUCCCACCUUAUCGCAUUCAAAGAUAGCAAUGGAACAGCAAAUUACCAAACAAUAUACUCAAAUUUUGUUGUCUGUUGCUCGAAAGAGGCUCAAAUACGCAAGGCCAAGUGGCUAAAAUGCCAUCAAUGUCACACAUACUCUAACAGACUUCAUGCUUGUCUUCAUUGUGUUUACUUUGGAUGUUACAGUGGUGGAAGACAUGUGUUUGAUCAUUCAAAGAAGAAAAAUCAUAUACUAGCUGUAGAUUUACUUUAUGGAAAUGUUUAUUGCUUUUUGUGUGGUACCUAUGUGUAUGAUGAUGAGUUGGAUCAAAUAGGAAAAGAGGAAGCUGAUAAAGCAUCAGUUUUAGGAUCUGGGAAAAGAAAGUAUUGUGAGUGGCAACCAAAUGAUCUAGAAACUGCUCUCCUUUCAAUAACAUCAAAAAGAAGAAAGAUUUCAAAAACCUCUAUUGUUGGAUUACGUGGGUUGAUCAAUCUAGGGAACACGUGUUUCAUGAAUUGUAUACUUCAAGCUCUGAUUCACACCCCGAUGCUGCGCAGCUACUUCUUAUCAGAUAAACACUCCUGCCCCUCAAUAGAGGACAGCCUGAGCUGUUUGAUGUGUGAAAUGUCAUUACUAUUCCAAGAGUUUUACUCUGGCAAAAAGGCACCCCACACACCCUACCGCUUACUUCAUAAAGUCUGGACCAAUGCGAGGCACUUAGCUGGUUAUGAGCAGCAGGAUGCCCAUGAGUUUUUCAUCGCAGCGUUAGAUAUACUACAUCAACACUGUGGAGACGAUGGUACAAUCCCAUCAAAUAACCAUAAUAAAUGCAACUGCAUAAUUGAUCAGAUUUUUACUGGUGGUUUGCAGUCAAAGUUAACAUGUUUUGGUUGUCAGGGUGUUUCUACAACGAUAGAUCCCUUCUGGGACAUAUCCUUAGAUCUUGGUAAUAUUGGAUAUCCACUCACAAGUGGUAAAAACAGUCAAAGGUCCACUUUAAAUAUCAGUUCGACGCCUGAGGAUUUAAACUCUCAAGAUUCCGAUGUUAGUAUUCAAUCAAACUCUGAUAUGACAAUUCCGCAAUCAUUGAUGGCUUGCUUAGAAAGUUUUACGAGGCCAGAAAGACUUGGGAGCGAGGCGAAGAUUCGUUGCAGUCAUUGUCAUAGCUACCAGGAAUCAACAAAGCAAUUGACUAUGAGAAAAUUACCGAUAGUUGUCUGUUUUCAUUUAAAGCGCUUUGAGCACUCUAAAAAAUCAAAGAAGAUAUCAACGUUUGUCCCGUUUCCCGAAGAGCUUGACAUGACGCCAUUCAUGGCAUCGACAAAUUCUGAAAAUUAUAAUUAUUUGAAUACUGAAAGAUCGCACAUUUGUUUGGAUAAUAAAUAUUCUUUGUUUGCUGUUGUUAUUCAUAAUGGAACUUUGGAAGUUGGCCAUUACAUGUGCUAUGUGCGACAAGAAAAAGAUCAGUGGUUCAAAUGUGAUGAUGCAUGGCUUACCAAGGCUUCUUUAGAUGAAGUGUUACAUAGUGAAGGGUAUCUAUUGUUUUAUCACAAGCAGAUUCUUGAAUAUGAAUGAUAAAGAGAAGAUAGUCAAAUACAUUUAUGAAAAUUGGUAGUGUAAUAUUUCUUUACUAACUGAAAAUACUAAUUAUCAUUUAUGAUAAUGUAAA